AUGUCCGUUGUCCAACAGCGAACAGGAUGCCAUGCGCCUAAUGCCUUCCAGCCUCUCAAGGCUCUACAUCAGCUCAUCGGGAGCUCAGGUGCUCGCCUUGUUCCGCGGCAGCAUUUCUCCGCAAGCUCUGCACCGCGAGAUUCUGGCACUCGAGGGCGCUCAUCAAGCCCAAAGACACCGGGAACCCUCCCAACGAAGAGGACAAAGAUCAGAUUAGACUACGAUGUUGGCAGGCGCCAUCGCGGGGAUAUCGUGGUCGACGACUUGACCGAGACACUUGAGCGACAUCGCUCCACCAAUCGAGCGUCCGUCAUCAGGAAAUCAUUGAGCGGUCCAGCCUCAGAAUCGACGGCAUUUCGGCCAGCGCUACCACAUCGGCUUCUCCGUCCAUGGUCAGGCAGGGAGGAAGAGCCAGUGGAGAGAAGAGACGAUGCGGACUUACUGUUCGAUGACCCAUUUCCGGAGGAGAAGGUGGAUUGGUUCAGGCAUCUGAAGAUAUAUGGUCGGCAAGGCCGAUCAGGGGAUACCUCUCGGAACCAGACGGUGCCACAGCUCAAACAAGGAUUAGACGAAACCAUCCAGAACCGAACACAGCCAUCCCCCGAAGAUUUUCUGGAGAGAACCACUCCAGAAAAGGUCGUCCACGGUCGGACAGAGCCGCCACCUAGAGGUCUUGGGCUGGCGGAACGAAUAAGAGCCAAGCGUGCGCUCCAGACACUGGAUUACGAAGGCAGCUAUGUGGCACCAUCCAUUACCUCAGCGGUUCCUGCGACCGAACUCCCGUGGGUCAGCGAACGGAAUCUGGACAAGCUUGAUGGCUGGGCUAGGCUUUCUGCCGAAAUCGAGGAGUUUGACAACUAUAUGAUGCCGACCGCAGCGGAAGCAGCUACGAGGAGAGCCGUAAUAGAGGAAAUCCAAGCCUUCGCCGCCAGAUACCUACCGCACGCUCCGCUGGAGGUCUUUGGAUCUGGUCGAACAGGGCUAGCGUUGGCCAUCUCAGACAUUGACCUUCGACUCACUGCUUCUGAACACCGUGACACUUCGGGAGCUCCCCAGCCACCUCGGUGGGCCGUAAGAGAUCAAAACGUCAGAAAUCUCAAGAAACUCCAUAAGGCAUUCGACACUAGUAAAGACUUCAUGCUUGUCGCACUCAGGCAAGCACGAUACCCACUGAUUUCGAUGCAGCACAGAGAAUCUGGGAUUGAUAUUCAGGUUGUGUGUUCGAAUGAUACCGCCACUUCUCGGGACUGGAUCAAGAAGUACCUCGAUGAACUCCCCGGGCUUCGUGCCAUCUACACCUUGGUCAAGGUCAUGUUCGACAUCAGAGGAUUAUCAGAUGUUUACCGGGGCGGCUUGGGCUCAUACAGCAUCUUUAUGAUGGUCGUGGCAAGCCUCAAGCUUGCUGAAAAUUCUGAGUCCGAUGAUCUGGCGCAUAAGUUCAUGUCGUUCUUGGACUUCUACAUCAAUCUCGAUACACACAAGCAUGGCGUUGCAGUGCAUCCCCCCAGCUUCUUCGAGAAGCGGCCAGCUGAAGAACUUCAGACGGGCAAGCUCCGCGACCCGCAAUCUGCCAGCACGCGCGGGGAGACUGGCGACGAUGAGAUGCUAGCUGGUCAGCGGCGCUUAAGCAUGAUUGAUCCCAUACGGCCCUACAUGUUGUGCUUGCAAGAUCCAGCAGAUGCAUUCAAUGAUCUUGGGCGAAAGGCAUACAGCAUCAAGCACGUGCAAGCGACGCUGAAUGAGCUAAGGAGUCAGUUGAGGGAAAAGGUCGCGCUCUAUGAAGACUCAAGCACUAGUGAAGUAGGCUCGCUACUGAGUCCGCUUGUGGGCAGUAGCUUCGAGUUGUACGAGGGGAGGCGCAAGAAGCUUGAGGCAUACGGGAAUGCGGUCCUCGGCCAUGAUGCUGAUCCUCUGCGGGAAAGUGCGUAG